AUGACGCAAUUUAUUUACUAUCAGUAUGUUUUGAAACGCGAUUCUGCUAUGUCUUAUUCAGUGACUGAGUGGUGUGAUAUAACGGUUUAUAGGCAGACUUUUAUUAAUAUCUAUAAGUUGUUUAGAAGUACUGGAAGUGUAGAUGUAAGAAAGCGUAAAUGCAAAAAUCCUAUGACUAAGGAAGACAAUGAAAUUAAUAUUUUAGCAGCUAUAGCUGUCAAUCCACACGUGAGUACGAGAAAAAUUGCCCGACAAGCAGGCAUGAGUCAAAGUAAAAAUUCGAUUUUUCAAAAUCAAAUUAAUUUUUGUUAAUGGGGAUUGCAUCAAAAUCGUUCAUUUUUUCUAAUUUCUUGUUUACGGACGAAGCAACAUUCAGUAAUCAUGGCUCAAUUAAUCUACGGAAGGCCCAUUAUUGGUCUGUUAAUAAUCCGCACUGGCCUCGAGAAAUUGACCAUCAAUGACAAUGGAGCAUAAAUGUUUGCUGUAGUAUUUUGAACGGGAAAGUAAUAGGACCACACUUCAUUACCAGAACGAUGACAGGACAAACAUAUAUUCAAUUUUUGCACGAUCUGCCAAUUUUGUUGGAAGAUAUCUCUUUACAAAACGCUAUGAUAUGUGAU